AUGAGUUCGCCCGACCACCACAGCAGCACCCUGCCGACGUGGCACAGCGUGCAUGGCGCACUGCGGCGACUUCUCUCGCACACGAUGGCGUUAGUGAGGACUCUUGCUGGCCUGAACCGCAGCCGGCCGGGUGUCCACUGCUCCCGCACGGGGGCAAUCCACAUGUUGGGCGCUGGUGCUGCGCUGCUGCUCGAAGAGGCGCAGCGACGGACGGCGCAGGUGACGGCGGUGGCCACACGGACCACUGCGGGUGUGCUCCUGCAGCACAAGGGCGGGCAGCCGAAGGAGAAUCCGCCGCGUGUGGGUGACUGUGAGGCUCUGGAGGAACUUGAGCGGCGGCGUGGCGCGGCGCGGCGGGUGCUCUCUAAAUGUAUAACCGCAGCAGAGAGGCUGAUGGACAAACUACAGCGCCCCACACAGGCAGUGGAGUGGGGGGUGCAUACCGGAGGGUAA